UUGGUUUUAUGUACAUGGAUUUCUUGUGCUGCGGCAUUUUAUCUACCCGGUCUGGCGCCGAUUUCGUAUUGCGUGACGGAAAAAUCAACAAAUCCUGCUUGUUUGGUAAGGUUCGGUGGAGUUAACUUUCUAUAUUUAGCAAUUCUGCUGUCUUAUGUAACGCUCAGAAUACUUUGGAGAAUCUGAUAUAGAUUAAAUCAACGAAUUUUGAGCCAAGGUAGUGAGAAUUUUGUUUGUUGCUGGUUGUGGUCAAUGAUGAUCAAUAUCGCUUCGACUUCUUGGGGGCUGUCCUGGUGUACCGGUACACGAGAGAAUUUCUUUUGUUUUCAUAACCAUACAUGGAGUUAUGACGCAGUUCGUUAAUGUUUCCUUCCUUUGUGUACCGGUACACGAGGACACAACCACUUCUUUCAACAACGCUACUGAAAUGUUGAGGCUUUGCGCAUAUUCCUAGAUAGUGAAACAAACUUAAUGUUAUUAGGUAAUGGUUGUUUAAUUUAUUGCAAUUACACUUGGUUUUAGUUAUAUAUCGGACCCAAGCUUAAUAUAUUUUUCUUGUAUAUUUGUAAUGUCUUUAUUCACCUGUACAUCAACAAUUCGAUUCGUUGAAACUUCUAGCUAUGGAAUUUUACCAUCAACAAGUUCUGAAGUAUUGUUAGGUUGUUUCCUUUUAAAUGCUUCGCAGUAGCACGCGUGUGAAAACUUGUGGUCAUUACCGAUUACAUUAUAAUCCAGCCAUUUCAAGUUAACGAAAGAAAUGUCUAUUUUGAGACAUUUUGACAUCAACUUCCCUACGAGCAAGAUUAUUUUUUGUUUUUUCGAUCCCAUUCAGUUUUUAUAUGUAAUCACAUUAUUUCGAGUGCAAUUUGGAAUAAAUAAGCACAAGUAAAUUUUUUUAAAGACCAACAAAAUUGCCACGUACGAUUAAAACAAUAAUUUGCAAUGAUAUCUUCACAUCUUUAAGGUGCAACAUGUUCAAAGUCCAGCUAAACCAUUCAAGGAAUUGUUCAGUCUGUGUCAGAAUCACUUUCGAUGAAAUGGAAUCAUUGUUUUUGGAGGGUUAACCAUGUUUGUUUCUAAUUUUGGCGUUGGAUCACUUGAGCAAAGUGUUAAGCUGGGUUGACUUGUAAUUUUGAUUUCCUUGGCAAUUCCCUUCUCUAAACACCACUUUUUCCAAACCAACAACCAAAAAGCAGUGCUUUUUCAGUGUUUUCAUUGUUUGAGCUGUUUUUCAGCUGCAGUGGCAAAAGAAAACCUACUUAAAACACCGGCCAUUGUUUCGCUUGCAAAUUUUCAAAUUUUCAAAUUUUGUUGCGACAUCUAAGGCUCACAUUUGAUUGGCUGUCUGUGAGUUCCUUUGAUUAUUGACCAAUCAGAAUGUCUGAUUUGUUACUUUCUUUGCACUGAAUUAACCCUCUUCUGCACUGAAUUAACUCUCUUCCGCACUGAAUUACCUGAAAACUGCAUUUAUCCUAACCAAUCAGAACUGAGUAAUUUUUCCAUGUAUAUUAUUAAAGUGCAAAGCGUGAACAUCUGUUUCAUCAAUUUUACAUUUCAUGCAAGAAUAAAGUCGUAUUUCCCUGACUACCAGCAAGAUAUGCUAAGAAUGAGAUGUUUCAACAAAUUUAGAUUAAAGCUGUUAAUUGAAAAGUUACAUGAAAGUUUUCUCUAAGGGUAAACAAACAAAUCUAAUGGUUUUUUUUCUUGUAUUUCAAUUUUACAUAAAGUCUCUUCAAAUCUUUAAUCUAGUGAUUCCUGCAAUUUAUGAAUACUGGUAGAUUGGUAUUACCAUUAUAAUAUGAAUGGAAAGAUAUAUUUGACUUAUACCCUGGGUGUGAAUUUUUCUAGAAUCAUGGGAUUUCUUAUCUUGGUGUCUAACAUAUGUGUUACCAUUGUUGGAAACAAAGAGGAAUGAAAAUCAAUCUCGACCUUAAUGCUCAGUUUUGGUAAAUUUGCUCUAAAUACCUGUGUUUUUUUUUUUUUUUUUUCUAGUCCAAAAUUGAUUUGUUUGUGAAUAGUCUGAAUUCUGUUGAAUCAGUGAUUCCCUACGAGUAUGCAAGG